AUGAUCUCUAGUAUUUUCCUAGUAACCAGAAGUGACAGACGCAGUACUGCACAAAUAGUGUCUUUAGCCACUGGUAAUAAAAGUCUAAGAGGCGACAUGCUAAGUCUUCAUGGAUGUAGUGUUAACGACUGUCAUGCAGAGAUAAUCGCUCGUCGGGGUCUUUUACGCUUUCUGUAUGCACAGGUGUUGUUGUACACAAGGGAUGCAUCUAAAUCGAUAUUUUUAAAAAACACUAACACAGCUCUUCGAAAAGGUCUGUCAUUCCACAUGUUUAUCAGUGCUGCACCUUGUGGAGAUGCACGUGCGUAUAACUUGAACGGUGGUAGUCACGAAAAAAACGAGGCGGAUACCAAUAGCCUCCUUCGUUACAAACUCGAGAAUGGUAUGGGAACGGUACUGGGGCGAAUGCCAGAGACACUUGCUCCCCAGACGUUGGAUGGUAUUGUUGGUGGAGAACGUCUGCGCACGAUGUCAUGUAGCGAUAAGAUGAUGCGUUGGAAUGUUUUAGGAGUUCAAGGAACGCUUCUCUCACUAUUUGUCGAUCCUAUCUAUCUAUCUUCUGUGACGAUCUCUGAGAAAGUUGAUAAGAAUCGCCUUGAACGUGCGCUUUAUCGUCGACUCGAUGGCUUUGUACCGUCUGCGCCUUUCCAUGUCAGUAAGCCAUAUAUCGGGCAAUGUCAGUGUGACCCUUCACGCGAUACGUCACAUGGUUCUCCUAUAUCUGUUAAUUGGAAUUUCGCAGACGACAAUAUUGAAGUACUUUUGAAUCAUUCUUCCAUGUUUCUUUACGUUUCUUAG